GUGGGGACCUGGGUCUUGCUUCGCGCGUAAACAUGUCAAUCUGAACCGCAGAAAGUGAAAGUGAGUUCGGCGAUGUGUGCGGAGGAGAGUCCGCCGCGCUGUGACCUGGCGCUCGCCAAACUAAUGUUAUAGAAAGAAAACAUAAAUCAUAAUUCAAAGGAACAAACUAUGAUUUAUUGGAACAGAAAUUUGUUUAACCUUUAUAAGGAAAAAGGUGCCGUGAAGCAAUAAAACAAAAAGUGACAAAGCAAGGUGAGGUGAGUGUGCGUACUGGCGCGUGUGUAUCUCUGUGUGUAUGUGCGUGUGUGUGUGAGUCGCAGCAGCUGGGCAGGACCAAGCUACAGGUGCGGGCGUCGGCAGCGCGAGCCGCCCCUUGAGAGGAGUCGGAGGCCAGCUAUGCGUCUGUAGCCAUGGACGCUACGCGAGAAUUCACUUGGAGAGGCGGAGGCGGCGGCGAGGCAGAGGCGGGCCCCUUCCCUACGCGGGCCGUGGUGGUGGUGAGUGGCGGCGGCGGUGCCCGGGGGCGCCAGCCUGCCCGCGGCGUCUACAGGGCACUGUCUGGCGUCACUUUUCAAGACCUAGACAUGUACGUGCGCCAAGCCUCGUCCUGCCACGAGCCCGGGAUGGGGACGGAGGAAGACGAAGGCCUCGACUCCCUGGACAGUCGCGCCCUCACCCUCACGCCCUCCCCUGACCAGGCCCUGCGGGGGGGCCGCCCCCUCGACAAGCCGAGCCACGCUGAGGGAGGAUACUUCAGCCUGGAGCGGUGCCUCAGUGACGAGGACGCGGCUCACCUCCACGACUCUCUGGAGAACCUGUCCCGGCGACAUCCUCCUCAGGCACCGGUGCACGCCGUCCCCCCCGGGUACCCACACCCACACCCGGGGUAUCCGCACCCGCCGGAGGGCCCCCACCAGGUAUACCAGCACUUGCCAACCUAUGUCAACCCCGCUUACCAGCAUUCGGCCGCCUACGCCACUCCGCCACCGCCUCCGCGCCACGACUACAUUCCUGGCGAACACUCGUACAGGCCUGUGGGGAGGAACUAUCCCCACGGCGGCGCCCACUAUCCCCCUGAGUGUGGCUACUCGCCCGGCGUUAUGUAUCGCCAGAGGGAAGGCUACGUGCCCCUGGAGGGGUCGAUGGGCGGGCCCGUGUACGAGGGCCAGCAGGAAGACAUGUACCACCCCGGCGUCUCCUACGUGGCAAGAGAAAACUUCCCUGCCAAGUCGUCCUUCCUCUACCCCGGGUACCCUCAGAAAAGACACUCCGGUGUGCCCCAGGAGCCUCCAGACAAGAAAGAUGCGGAGCGCAAGACGAGCGUGCUGAGCGCUGACUCACUCGAGGACGUGCCUCUCAGCCCCACCUCGCCAAAGUCGCCGCCGCUCCUGGCCCUGGGACUGAAGGGUUAUAAGGACUCGCUGGAGGACGUGCGGCCGCGUCUUGUCAGUGAACUGAGGGAUUUUUUCGAGCGUCAAAAGUCCACGACGAGCACCAGCAGCCCCGAGUCUGAAAGCUUCCAGGAGAGUAAAACUGAAGAAGACGAGGAGGAGGAGGAGGAAGAAGUGGAGUUGGAGGAGGAAGAAGAUGAAGAGGGUGAAGACAAUGAAAAGGAAGUUGAAAGGAAAGGCGAAAAGAAGAUAGAUAAACAGCCUAAGAAUCCAGCAGUUGACCAGAUUCAACGCGAUAGAAUUCCGUCCGUUGCCAGUGAUCAGACGGAGGACGCGAGCUCCACCACGGAGUGCGUCGCGCCGGAGCCCCAAGACUCCUCGUCUGAAGACCCGACUAAAAGUCCCUAUGAGUCGGAGAGUGACGACCCGCCGCCCAAACUCAGUCCGCGGCAUGGAGACGUGGCCUUCCUGCGGGCCACUCAGGACACGCCUCAGACCCUCCUGGCCUCCACCCGGCUGGUCCAGGCCACACUCAAGCCCGCCGCCAAGGCCACCACGUUCUUCAUCAGCCUGGGCACAAAAAUGAAGCCUCCAGAUUUUGAAAACAAAAAGAAAAUAACGAAAGAAAAAGGGACGAAAGGAAAGGCUGUCGUGAGAGUAAGCGGUGCGUCUGAAUCAAGUGACAGCACGGAAGGCAGGGACUCACCGACCACUCCCGGCGAAGACUCGAGUGCCUCCAGCGACCCGGCUGAUUACCAGGAGUCGCGCCUCAUCCUACGUAACUUCGUCCACAACUGGGAGAGCGAGUCGCCGCCACAGGAAGACUCUGACAUCGACGAGUUCUUCCUGGUGCUGGACUCCACGGGCGGCAGAGCUAAUUUCAGCUUCCCGUCAGGCAGCUCCUCAAUGCUGUCCUCUGUUGGCAGCUCCUCCUCGUCAGAUCAAAGGUCCGAAACCACCCAGUCCACUGACCAAGACUCCUUUGACGACGGCAACCUGGCGGACAUCGGUGAGCCAGACACGACCUCCAGCUCCGGCCUCAGUCCUGUGCAGGAGUCCGCGACGGAGGACAGCAGCGCCCCGCAGACCCCCGAGGCACUGGAUCAGCCGGAGGACAAGGAUGGCUUCCUCGAAACUUCUCACAAUGUUAUAGUGAAGCCUUUUUUAGAAUUAGGUAAGGACAUCGCUCGCGAGUCUCACGCGGGCCCUGUCCUGGGAUCCCAAAUAAAGCCUUGCCUCGCCUCAGACUGUCUCCUGCCCAUCGCGGAGGAGCCUGCCAAGUCUGGCCGAGAGUGUGAGACCGUCAUUGACACCGUUUUCUGUGACAGUGAUGACGACUGUGGCCGACGGGAGAAGAAUCGCCCCGUCGGUGACGCCCCGCUGACGGCUGCCCGCCAAGCCUCCCCAAGCAGCGACGGCGGCGCGUCCUGCGAUACACUAUGCGCCGCGAGCACGCCGGAAGGCUCACGGGACACGCUGUGUUACUCUGAUGAAACUGGCAGGAAAGUGUCCUCGGGGCAACAGAAGGGCGGCCAGCCUGCCGUGACGGAGUCCCGCCCCCAUGUCCAGCCGGUGGAGGAAGCGCCGGGGGGGGCGGUCCAUUCAGGCAGUGCUCACUCUGCACGUGGUUACGCAAAUCCCCAUGAUAUACGUGGAAAUGAGGUCACAAGUGGCAGUGUGGCGAGAGACGCAGCGGGAGAGAGCGGCACGCCUGACCCCAGUCCGGGCGCCGCCCUCACCCUCACUCCCCACACUUUCGAUUUCACUAGCGAAGCCCGGCCUACCCCUGACCUUGAGGCGCUGGCCACGCUGAUUGCUGAUCGCAUCAUGAAUGGUUCUGCAACCACGGUCAGUGUCAGUGCGGAUGCCUCAGGAAGCACCAGCACCUGCCCGGCCGUGCCCGCCGACCCCGCCGCCGACGAGGGAGACGAGGCUGCCGUGACCACCACCAGGUCAGUCGUCAGCGGUGCGUGCAGCGCGCACCACCCACAACUGUACAGUCCCGCCGCCGUGCCCCUCCCGCUCCCUCACACCUUGGACGAGGGUGAGAGUGAACUUGUUGCCUCCAGCACGCGCCGGGCGGCUCCGUUCUACCGGGCCGCGGACGUUGUGUGCAAACACUCAGGUGUCGAGAAUCGGUUUCUCUGCAGCACGGGGAAAGAAACUCAUCUCUGGAGAAAAGCAAAUAAGUGUGUAAAUAUGGCGUCUAGUGUGAGUGACAGCAUUGCUGAGCGCGGUGAUAGUGAUGAAGCGGUGCCGGGCGGGCCGGUGCGCGGCAAAGCCCUCGUGCCAGUCCCCGAGACUCACCCGAGAAAAUUACUCGCCCGGUCACCCAUGACGCUCGAUAAAGGCGAUGAAGGCACCGAGCAGCGCGUUGUGGGCGUGAAGGGGCCAGUGAAGGAGGACGUGAUGCCGGCCAUGCUGCGGCAGGACUCCCGGGGAUCCACGUGUGAGUCCCUGGACAGCCGCAAAACGUCCCUUGGCUCCACCAUCACCUCCCUCGACGAGGACUUUAGUGACAUGUCUCCUGAAGACUUUUUCGAGAGGCGUUAUUCCGUGUCCUCCGGCAUUUCUUCGACCUCAGAAAGUACUGGAAGGAAGUUUUCCACGUCGUCCUUUGCCUCUGAUGACUGGGAAUGGUUUCCUGGAAGGAAGAAGAGCUACCGCGGGAUGCAGUGGACUUUUGGGGAAAAUAGAAACGAGUUAGGAGAAAGAGGAGACCUUCGAAAGUUGUCGAGUGUCAGCACAGAGUCCAGCUCCAGCUCGGGCAUCGGAUCCAUGGAGUCCGGCGGGACAGAAAGCAGAAAGUUUUCCGUGAAUUCCGGAAUCUCAUGCUUGUCUAAAAUUAAUGAAGAGUACCGAACCCUCACCGACGCUGACCUCUGCAAGCUGGAGUCUUUUGAAGAGGAACCUCCCGUCAAGGAGCAACCCCCCUCGCCGCGCCCCGAGGCGUGCCACAUCACUCUAGACGGCAGGCGACUCUCCCUGCCGCCUCCCGUGUGGCCGCGGGAGGCUCUGAAGGACGUGAAGGAAGGCGCUGCUCGUCACGACACCCUCCCGUCAGCGUCUGAAGGUAAAGGUGAUGUUUUGGGCCGCGAGGAACCAGAGUUUAUUGUCAAACGAGCUGAAAUCCUGAAGACUGCCCAUCCUGGACCCCGCCAGGACCUGACGCUGGACCUUCCGCUGAUAUGUCCAUCUUCAUGUCCACUCCGACGGAUGGACCUUCACGGCCAGCAUGACUGCGACCAUGCCCUCGCCCACACCCAGUCUCUCAACAGCAAUGAUAGUAAGGAAAAACGAAAGUCUUUGAACUUUGUGCCAAGACUUCUGAAGCCAAAGUCCCGAUUUUCCGCCCGAAGACUGACGCUGCACACCUUCGAGAACAUUGCCGAGGAGAUGAAAAAACAGCAAAAAAUGACGAGGCCGCACGGAGGCGUGGCGCCCGAGUCUGUCAUGAACCUUAGCGUUGCUGAGACUCGCCAGGACGACCUUAAUAAGGAAGUGGAGUUUCGACGCAACCUCGUCAGGGACCUCGAGAAGCUGGAGGCCGAGAUCGAGGCCGAGGUUCAAGCUUUAGGAUCAGAUGGUCGUCUAUCCAGAGAGGACGACGACGCGGCCUCCACCGUGGUGGCGUUUGACAGCAACGAGUCUGUGGCGUCAGCGAGCAGCUUUUCUCGGGCUGGGUCAGGCGCCGAGGAGGCCGCCCUGCCAAGCCCAGACACAGACCCCGAGGACUACAACUCGCAUGAGUUCGAGAGUGCCUGCGCCGAAGUGAGCAGCAACGCAGCGGAUGAGCAGCGUCCCGCGGGGCACGCACAGCCAGAGAGGGACGUCGGGGAGUCGCCCAGCCUUCCACUCCCUGACUCCAAAUCUCUUCCUAACCUUCUGGACGCCGAGGACAAGAAGCUGAGUCCUGCGUCAGGAAAAGAGUGUCCCAAAUCCCGGCGGGAGGGCGGGAAGCCGGCCCGAAGCAUGGACACGCUGCUCAACGCGGAGGAAAUAGUGCCUUGUAGCAAUUAUGAAUUCAGUGAAAUUGCCUUCCCCCCCAUGGCGAGCCUUGAUGAGGUUGAGGAGCAGGAAGUUAUUGAAAAUUUUUCGGAUGAGGAUCUGGUGUCUGAUGUUGAAUUUGAAGCAUUUUCCGAGACGGAGCAUGACGACACUGACCUCGACCACCUCAACCUUGAGCUAUUCGAACCUGGGGGUCGAGGCCCACAGAGUGCCGCUCAGAGGCUCUCUAAAAAGCAGAAAAAAAUUAAGAAAAUAAGAAGAAAGUUUAGCUUUUCUUCCAAGGAAACUCACCCAAAAGACGUGAAGGAUGCCAUCACUUCAUCGCUGAAGCGUCUGAAGACAGCCAAGCAGAAAAUCGGCCAGCUGGUCACCAAGACGCUGAGGCACGAGCCGCCGACGUGCCCGUCCUCGGGGGAGUCCGCGGCAGGAUCGCCGUUGGACUCGCGCCACCGUCGAGACAGUCGGCCCGAUGCGCCGCCGCACCGGAAGGACUCGCAGUGUUCGAAAAUAUCUCUGUUUUCUGUGUCGAGUGACUCCCGAGGACCCGAGGAUGCCGAGGGGGCGGGGGCCAGGUCACGUCGCACGUCCAAGUCCAGCGACGACUGGCCCCUGUCAGGCCCCCUGGACCUGCGCCUUCCCGACGGCCACGAGUCCGCCUACUCUUGGUCAGACGCCGACAGCGACUUUGAGUUUGUGGCGAUGGAGCCUCCGAGGGUCCUGCCGGUGACCCACGAGGCCAAGGAGCCCGCCGGGGAAGCCAAGGACAAGGAUGGAACACAGGACCCAACGCCAGAGACGCCCCACCCGCCACCUGCGGCGCCUCACGAAGACCGCGAGGUGCGCCCCUGCCACCGCCCCAGCAACUCCCUGCGGUCCAGCAAGGUUCCUCUGGCCACCUGGGAGCCGUUCUUCUGCGUGCUCCUUCAGGAUGAGAAGACCUUCACCUCCUACCGCUCCGAGGAGAUGGCGGUCAUCCCGGGCUCCUCCAACCGCCCCCGCACCCACAAGCUGAUCGGAGACUCCCUCUUCUAUGACCUGCCCCGCAUGCGGCUUGACGGCGGGGCGCGAGCCUUCCGGCGGCGUUGGGGCUACGAGCUCACGCCGCCGCCCACGCUGGUGGAGGAGGAGAACGAGGAUGACCCCUACGACCUCCCGCCCGGCCACGAGGAGGACAACCUCAGCUACACCGAGACGCGGUCCCUCAGGGAUGACUACCUCUUCAGCUCCUCUCAAGGUGAGUACCGACCGCCGCCUCGUGUCUGGCCCCGCCGGCACCGGUUGGCACCGAAACCUUUGCCUUAAGUUGUAUUUUGGUCACUUCCUCGUCACGCGCAGCGAGUGGAUUUGACCAGGCUACUCCUGGCCCGGCCCUCCGGCUGGCGCGGCCACGUGUGUCUGUGAGUCAGGCCGCCGCUGGAGCGUGAACAUUGAGCAAUGGCUUAGUAGUGCAGCAUCUAAGCGUGAUGAUUAGCUUUACACAGCUUCCUGGUAUGCAAUUCAGGAAAUGACUCAUCCAGGUGCAGAGCAACAUGAUCUAGUUUUGUUGCCCCCUCCACCACAUGGGACCGUUUUCUCUUGAGGGUAAAUGGAAGCGUUUUCUCUUUGUAGCAAACGGUGACUGCAGCAGACUUAAGUUACUACUGACGGUGACCAGCUCAUACUGACGACGACAGUUGCUGACAAUGACUUUUACUCACGGUGACUACUAGAAUGGUCAUCGCUACUGCACUUUGUGACACUUUGAAAGGAGACAAAACGGGCAUAGUGUAUUGGACGUAUUUAUUUGCAGGGCAGCAAUUAGGCCUACUAUCAAUUUUUUUUCCGAGUUUUGAAUUUCGAAAUAUGAAUAACAUCAACCUGCCGCUCACCAAUUCUCUUUCACUCACCAUAUCCAUUCCACCCCGAUUUCACCUCAUCCAGCCACCUCUCUCUUUGGAGGUCUUCGUCUGUUCCUUACGUCACCACCGGAGAACAUUAAUUUUGCCCUUCCCGUCUUCGUACAGUCACACAAUCUCGACACAUUACGCCAUCAUACUCCUCCUUCGUAUUUGUUAUAUUAUUUGAGAGAGAGAGAGAGAGAGAGAGAGAGAGAGAGAGAGACAGACAGACAGAAGUAUUGAUGAACGUCGCGGAGACAAAUCUUAUGUCUUCCUGGAAAACAAACAUGGUUGCCACACGCACAGGAAGAAAACAGAAAUGCAAUGGCGGAUGUAAUAAACGAAAUGAUACAAGUAUGGAAGUUCAGAAAAUAGAAGCGAUGAUACAAACAGUUUAUGGUUUUUAGGAACAGUGAGCAAUAUUUGUACGGUUCAUAGUAAAAAAAAAAAAAAUAAAAAAAAAAAAAUAAAUAAAA